GCUUCUAGCAGAAGACAGCGGUGGUGAUGGGGAUCUUGGGAAGGCUGCGCCAUGAAAGCCAUGAGGCUGCAGUGUCUGUUUUGGGUUAGGAGGUAAUUAUAUGACAGCAGAGUUCAGCCCAACGAGUUCGUAGCCUGGAGGAAGCACAAUCACCGCUGACUCCAGCUUCCUGUCCAACACGAAAGCAACAGAGCGCACGGAGCAGAAGACGCAGUCUGCGAGUGAGGGCAAGUCGCGAAAGCUCGGUUUGGAUUCGCAGCGGCGGAGUCCUGAAGUUCGGACCGAGAGCUGGCGCUGAGACACGCAGGCGACUCACAUCUGGACAAACUUUGGGAGGCGGAGAGAAACUCUUGCAAACGGCGCUGGUUUGGCACUUGGGAAGCGCCUCCAUGAACCGUGGAGGUAGUCGGAGGAGAGAGGACCUGGAGUCCGUCUGGGGCGGCCACAGCAUGAAGUAGCCCAGGUUCGGCUGCACCGUCACCCAGCCACCCAGAAGGUCAGUCGCUCGUCUCGAUUAAACAAACAAAAAAAAAAAGAUCAAAUGAAGGGUCUUGACGCGCGGCUGAGUCUGAGCAGGCACGGACUCGUUUGGGGAAAGCAAUAAAGCUCAUCCGUCAACCCUCAGAGGCUCCUGUUGCCCAUGGAUGAGGAGAGGAGUGCCUCUGCCACCUCCCCAGACCCUCAUGAUGGGGAUGCCAGUCCAGCUACGACUCAACCCAAGCCGAACACAAACGCCAGUAAACUGAGCAAGCUCGAGCCCAACACUACUCCGAGUACAGAUGUGGCCUUCACACAGCCCCUCAUAUUGAGGUCAGAGGUCAUACCAGAAAGGUCGCAGGGAGAGGAGGAAGACGGACACAAAGGUGACCUCCCACACGCUGAGCUGCUGACACCCAGCAAGCACAUCACAUGUCAACCCGCUGCCAGAUCCACGCCCAUCCAUCCCACCCAGCCGUGCCGGACGCAGCCCAGCGGCCAGCUGAGGAACGGCAUCAAGCACCAGACACACUGUCCACAUCACACGCCCCAGGCCAACGGCGAGAGGAACGGGGCUCCUCACGGGCAUCCCAAGCUGGGCUCCCUCCCGAGAGGAGGUUCCUCUACCUCCUCUUCCUCCUCAGCGGGCAACAGACACACCAAGAAGUUACAGUCCAACCCCUCCAUCACCUCACAGAGCAGCAAGAGGAGCAAAGGCAGCUCCAAGAGCAGCUCCAAAAGCAACAGCUCCCAGAUCCCCACGGAUGCUCAGGACGACUGCUGUGUCCACUGCAUCCUGGCCUGCCUGUUCUGUGAGUUCCUGACGCUGUGUAACAUCGUGCUGGACUGCGCCACCUGCGGUUCGUGCGCGGGCGAUGACUCGUGUUUCUGCUGCUGCUGCAUGACCGAGGAGUGCGGGGACUGCGACCUGCCGUGUGACAUGGACUGUGGGAUCAUCGACGCGUGCUGCGAGUCUGCCGACUGCCUGGAGAUCUGCAUGGAGUGCUGUAGCCUCUGCUUCUCCUCCUGAAGGCACGGCCGCCACACAGAGAGAAACAAAGACUUCGAUCUCCUCCUGAUCGCAGUGCCAGUCCGGUCUGGUUCACGUCGCAUUUGCUCCAUCUCUUGCUGGAUUUGUCAAUCAAUCGUUGGGGUUUGUCAUCGAUCGAGCCGUGGAAAAGACACUUCCGCUCCGUUGUCAUUGCUGGUGGUAGAUUGCGACACUGCUGGAUGGACGAUGUGGGCAGUGCUGCGCGAGCGUCUGCCAAGCUGUGUGGACCGGGCCUCUUGAUCUUCACAAUGGAGCCCCUUGUGCCGUCUAAGUGACUGGAGUCCGUCAAGCAUGAAAAAUGCCCUCUGAAGGCAAAUGAGAAAAUGGCUCCAUUUAACCAGAUUUGAACGUUUCUGUGUGAUAAGAGCAGUGUCAUAAGGGGGAAAUGAAAGUCGGGAUCUCAGUAGAAAUGUCUCUCCUCAUUACUCACGCCCUUGGUUAGGUCAAAGUCUCGCAGCUUGAUUGCUGGGCGGUCUCUGCUCAGCACUCACUCGUGUUGUAAUGAGAAUCAUUUGAGGUGGCAGUGUUAUAGACCAAUGUGUUUUUGUCGUCGUCGUCCUAUACCAACUUCAUCUGGAGAUAAAAUCAACCACGCAUAUUCUCUUGUAAAGGAGGCUCAGUGAGAACACAGAGGACUCGAGACGGGAGGUCCUGAUUCGUGUCUUCAUUUUCCUCUGUGCCGUGUGAACAAAUGGCCCUGGCUAAGCUGCGCGCCAGCUUCUCCAGCGAGUCCUCGCUCUCCCGGAAUCUCUAUUAAUCCUUGUUUUGUAGGCUUUACUUAUUAGCAUUUCUCCUCCAAUGUGAAAAUCACAUUUCUGUGUUAUCGGGUUCUGCCCAGCUCGCGCUGAAGAGACGUUGCUCAACAUCUAAUUUAAUUCUCUUGGGUGGAAAUCUCAUGACAUUAUGCUAAGUAAGAUCCAUAUGUUCGCCGUGUGAAUGGUACGCUUCUGAUAACAGCCUCAUGCCAUCAGACUUUUCCUGACCCAUUGCCUCUCUGAGAGGUCGCCGUGUGUUGUGCGUUGGGCACAAACCUCUCUGCUCUAUAGACCACACUCAAUCUUUGCAAUCAUGUAGGCUUAACACGACUUCCAUUCCAGUUGAUUUUAGUGUCAAAAAAGAGGUUUAUUUUCUUAGGAGGUUCCGAUCACAGCGCAGAAAAAUCCUGGAAAGUCCUGGAGAAGAAGAGCAGAUAUCUCUGAAGGGAAUUGUUGCUCUCAUCUCACCUUUUCUGUCUCCAGACCCAACUGGUCUAUGAUGGAGCUGCUGCUUUGAUCUGAAGUGAGCCAACUAAAGCGACGGACACAAGUGCCACACAAAUGGGUCCAGAACGCAUCCAGACGACGAGGCGACAAAGCUGAUCAUCUUUAUUUCGGCUCUUAGCUUCAUGUAAUGACUUCCUUAUUACUGGUGUCAUGGAGUCAUGGAUGCAAGAAGUGCUCAUCUCGGGGGGCGGUGAACUGGAAGGAAAACAAAAGUUGCUUGGUCUGGAAAUUGAAAUGUUGUUGUACAUUUUGGGUGAUGAACAAAGGAUUUAAGUUCAUAAAAAAGUCUUAACAUCUCUUUAAAAAAAGCUGGAAGUUGUUCCACACACGCAGGAGAAUGCGAGGACCGGCCAGAUUGUUGAACUGAUGUAGUCCAGAUUUGUUACUUGACUGUAGUCCACUAGAACGUCAGUUGUUUACAGUGACCCCAUUUAAUGACAGUUUCCAUUGCUGUUCUUUGUUUAGUACUGA